UGAUAAUUAACCCUUUGAUAUUGGACAGUGCACAUAAGCUAAAUCUUAAUUUUAAUGCAAGAAAUUAAUACACGGUCCAUAGUUCUAUAUUUAUUAUUAGUCACUAGCCAAUUUCAAAGAGGAUUUAUUAUUACCGAUAAAUUCAGAGAGUAUAAACAAGUUAAGAGACCAGUAACAAAAGAAUUUGAGUGAGAUCAUUAAUAGUGCGAAAAAGAUUUCAGUGCCUGUUAAUUACAGUUUGAAAGUAGAUAGUCGAUCUGUUCCUCAAGUAAUGAGCAAAAUGCUCGCACCGGGUGAUAAUUUCAGUUAAUUUCAGCCGCGUAAACAAUAGCCGGGCAUAAAAAUCGCGUGACCACUGUAACGAUAAUUGCCGCGCGUGUUUUACCUAACAGCUGGUAGAAACGGAAACGGCGGUGACGUGCUAAAAGUUGUUCUAAUUAUCAGUGAACUGCACAUGCGAUGACGUGGCGCAACGAAUUAGGGACACAGGUAGCGGCCAUCGAAAUUCUUGCACAGUCAUUCGUGUUGCCGUGAACGACGUGUAACGACAGCAAACUAGUUCGGAAAUCGUGAGCUUGCUUCUAAAUUACGUUUCCACUGGCGAUAAUCGAGCGAAAAUCUUCCUUAAGGGAGACAGUUUGGAAUCUUUGGGAGGUUCCGUUGGAAAAUUGAAUAGAAGGAGAAGAUUUAAACAGAAGAAUCUAAUGCAGAGAAUGAUCAGAUUCCUGAAGAAUUUUCAUUCGUGAGAAAUGUCACUUCCCCAUUGGUUGCCAGAGCGAGGUCAGGUGGAUGUUCGGACAUUUGGACAGCGACAACGACGGCAGGCUCUCUCUUUCCGAGUUGUACGGCCUGGAGCACGAUCAGAACGAGCCGUGUCUGAAACCGUUCCUCGACGGCUGCGACACCGAUGGAGACAUCUUCGUAAAUGGUCCCGAAUGGUGCGGAUGUUUCUCAAAAGCUGAGCGUCCAUGCGCCGCUGUACGUAAACGAUCAUCCCCUGACGUUGCACCUGCAUGCGAUUCCCGAGGGUAUUACCGAAGCACCCAGUGUCACCGUGGCCUGGGACUCUGCUGGUGUGUAGAUCCCCAUGGCGUUGAAUUCGCCGGAACUAGAACACGUGGCAACAAGCCAGAUUGCGACACGAUCGUGAACAAGAUUAGCAGCGGAGGAUUAAAGACAAACAGCGUGGACCUGGACGACGACGAGGACGGCGGUACAGAUUCUGCUCAGGAUCUCGAGGGUUCCGCCGAUCAGCCGUUAGACUUCUAGACUCCUUAAUAUCAGCCAGUAACAGCAGCAACGGGAGCAGCACCUUGAACGUGAUAUCGAACAGCCGGACGACGGUGUUCCCUUUGUGAAGGGGAACGAAGAAUGCUUGUCCUAGUCGUCCGCUGGUUCGAGUAUCGCCGUUGUGAUUGGAGGUGUCUUCAAAUGAGAGACAGGUCGGCGAAGGCUGCGACCCACGCGUGAGCCUAAAACAAAGAAGUCAGGAAAGCAACGAACAAGUACGAGAUGAUUGACGAGAUGUGACACGAGCAGCGGAUACACACCCUCUGGCAUCGUGAUUGCACGAAUUCGAUUGCGUCCUCUUUAUCGAUUGGUCAUGAUCCUUAACCCGGGAAUGAUCAUCUUUCAACGAUUAAUUUCUCGUGACAUUCUUCGUUCAUUGAAUUUGUAGAUUGAAUUGAAAUAUGGAUAUUUCAGACGAAGGUCUUAGUUCUCUGUUUUUUUGGCUUUACUUUUCCUUUUCCUUUCGCUGUUUCACGUUCUUUCGUGAUUAACGUAAAUUGAUCUGUUCGAGAACACAAGUGCCAAACGGGUUAAGAAGCUGCUGAAUCAGAGAAUCGUAGGAAGCUUGUACAGUGCAAUAACCAAGGGGCUACAUCGUGCAAUGGCAAUCUCGUGUGAUGCUCUAUUUUGAUCAAAGACCAUGGCAGGGGACGCGACGGAUCUAACCGAAAGGAUCUAACCAAUGAUCCUUGAUCAGACACGUUGUACCCUGUGUACCCGUCGAGGUACCUCCAUGCACAACUCGUCUAUAAAUAAUAUAAUUAUAUACUAUUUAUGCAUAUACAAACUAGAAGUUUCGCGAGAAAAAAGAAAAAGAGAAAGACAGAGAGAGAGAGAGUAAAAGAAAUAAGAAAGGAAAAAGCGGAAAGAAAGAAGCUCAUUCUUCAUCGGGUAAAAUUCACAUGUCCACUCCACGACGUAUAGAGAUUAUGAUACCUUUAACAAGAAGAGAUA